CCGGUCGUGGUGGAUUCAGCCCCGUCGAGUCGGAAAUCGGAAUCAGGCAUCCAAGAACCAGCAAGCGAAAUCACAACGAUGCCAUUCUCCACGAGACAAAAGACACAACAUAUUAUUUGAUAACUUCUGACGAUUCCGUGCUUCAGCUGCAGCCACCGCUUGCUGUCAACCACCUCUUCCCGUGCGCGCCCUUACCCACAGUGCAGUGCGGGGACCAUGAUGCUCAGCGGCUCGGUAGACGUGCCCAGUCCGGGCGGGAUGAGCGCGGCGGCGGCGCGGAACGUGGUGCGCAGCUCCAGCAUCAGCGGGGCCAUGUACAGCCUGGAGAAGAGCCCCAGCAGUGGCGUGGGAGGACCAGGAGGGGGCGUCGGGGGGGUGGGGGACGCCGGGGUCCUCGCCGGCAACAAGAAGCGGCGCUCCAGCCUCGGCGCCAAGAUGGUGGCCAUCGUGGGCCUCUCGCAGUGGAGCAAGAGCACCCUGCAGCUCAACCAGCAAGAUGGUGGGACGAAGAAACUGCGCAGCACGAUCAGACGGAGCACGGAGACUGGCAUCGCCGUGGAGAUGCGUAACCGUGUCACCCGACAGGGCAGCAAGGAGUCCACCGAUGGCAGCACCAACAGCAACAGCUCCGAUGGAACGUUCAUCUUUCCCCCCACUCGCCUGGGCCCAGAGUCUCAGUUCAGCGACUUCCUGGACGGCCUUGGCCCCGCCCAGAUUGUGGGACGGCAAACGCUAGCCACGCCCCCCAUGGGUGAUGUCCAUGUAGGUGUGGUGGACAGAGAAGGUCAACUGGAGGUCGAGAUCAAUCAGGCUCGCGGCUUGACCCCGAAACCCGGCUCAAAGAACAUUCCCGCGACGUACGUGAAGGUGUAUGUGCUGGAGAACGGGGCGUGCCUGGCGAAGAAGAAGACGAGAGUGAUCAAGAAGUCGCUGGACCCGUCCUUCCAGCAGUCCCUGCUCUUCGACGAGAGUCCGCAGGGGAAGGUCUUACAGGUGAUCGUGUGGGGGGAUUACGGCCGCAUGGACACCAAGUGCUUCAUGGGGAUGGCGCAGAUCAUGCUGGAGGAGCUGGACCUGUCGUCCAUGGUGAGCGGCUGGUUCAAGCUGUUCCCCACCUCGUCCCUGGCCGACCCCAGCAUCGGCCCGCUGACCCGCCGCCUCUCCCAGUCCUCCCUGGAGAGCGCCACCAGCCCCUCCUGCACCUAGAGCGAGCGCAGCACCUGAGAGAGCCACCUGUCUGCCCUGACCCCCCCCACCACCAACACACA